CGUCAUUUAUCUGAGGAAGCGAAAUAAAUCGCGGGACCCCUUGCUGUGAACAAAAUCAAAAAUUUGGCCUUGCGAGUGCUCUGCGCGCGCAACCCCUUGUAAAGUGGACCCGCUAACGCACCCUGACGGGCCAUUAACCCGCCCGRCAGUCAAUCUAAAACCCAAAAGCAGUCAUCCUCCUUUUUUUUUAAUAUAUGAAAGAACCAAAUAAAAAAAAGUGCUGCGGGUAUGUGUGCAUGUUUAUGGUUGGGGAAUAUGUUGGAUCCUGGAAUAACAAUCACUUGUGAUGAAAUUUUUAUUUAUUUAUUUUUUUAUUUUCCUUUGGGCACCUGAGCAAAAGCGUUUGCCACCCUGGGUAUAUCUCCCCAUAUUCCACCCCCCUUUCUUUCUUUCUUUUUUUUAUUUUUAUUUCUGGCUUUCUGCACACGCAAAUAAUAAAAAUAAAUAAAUAAAACACCCCCCUCGCGCGCGCACACGCACGCGGACACACCAGGGGGUUGUGGGGGUGAGAGAGACAGACAAAGCCGUGAUAAUCCGAUUAGGAGCAAUUAGGCGUGAGAUUCUGCGACACUCGCUGAAAGCCGUGACACUCUGUAGACAGUUAUACAGUUAUAGAGACAUCUGGACACCCCACAGAGAGAAACACACACACACACACACAGAGAGAGAGAGAGAAAGAGAGAAAGUGUGUGUGUCAGAGAGAGAGAAAAGCCGAGCCAAAGAGGUGCUGGACACUCCCAAACAGAGUCAGGAGAAGCGCAGCUGCAGAGCGCAAACUCCCUCUCAUCAGCAUCCCGGCUGCAGAUUCAGCUCCGAGACGCRCCAAGCAGGAUGUUCUACUUCCACUGUCCGCCUCAGCUCGACGGRGAGUGCUGUCGCUCCAACACGUUGAACUCAAGCGGCUUUGGAAACCACACCCCGGCUGAUUUUGACGAUGGUUUUCUGCGGAGGAAGCAGCGCAGAAACAGAACAACUUUCACUUUACAACAGCUGGAGGCUCUGGAGGCGGUGUUUGCUCAGACUCACUACCCGGACGUGUUCACCCGGGAGGAGCUGGCCAUGAAGAUCAACCUGACCGAGGCCAGAGUGCAGGUUUGGUUUCAGAACCGCAGAGCAAAGUGGAGGAAGACAGAGCGAGGGAGUUCAGACCCAGAGGGAGGGAAGGAGCAGAUGAGUGACGGAAGUCCUCCGUCCCGCAGCCUCAACUCCCAGUCCCCCGUGGACCACAGCAGAAAACAGAAAGAACCACUGGAAAUGCAGCAAAGUAUCAACAGGACAGUGGGUCCAGCUGGUCCGUUUUUCCCAUCAUGUAUUCCAGGCACACUCCUCAACUCGGCCACCUACGCCCAGGCCCUCUCACAAGUCGCCACCCUGAAAGGGAACGGUUUGUGCUCCUGCUGUGUUUCUGACCCCAUGGGCCUGUCCUUCCUGCCUCCCUACGGCUGUCAGGGCAACCGCACGGCCAGCGUGGCGGCCCUGCGCAUGAAGGCCCGCGAGCACUCGGAGGCCGUGCUGCAGUCGGCCAACCUCCUCGGCGCAGCGGCCGGGCCCGGCGCCGGCGUGGGGGUCCUCUCUGGGGUGGGCGUGAGCGCGGCCGGCGUGGUCAGGCCCGCGGCGGGCCCGGCCAUCGAGACGGCCGGCGCGAGAGCUGGGGACGGUGGCGGCGGCGGCGGCCCCUCCGGUCCCGGCAUGGCCACGAAAGUCCCCGUCCUGGGCGGCGGUCCCGACAAACACGCCCACUGCUCCAAGGAGCCGCUGGAGAAAAAGUGAGGCGCCGCUGGAUGUGGACGUACUGAUAAUCUGUGCCUGUUAUUCCCAAUCCGCUCGGCUCCGACGAGCAACGAAGCACAAACGACCGGCUGACUCCAUCCUGGGACAGACUUUUCUGAGAUCACACCGUCUGGAUGCGAACAAUAAAAAAACUAUUUAUUUGACUGUAAAUUAUCAGUGUGAGACGUGAAUAAGCGAGGGGUCGUGUCGCCCUGAUAACCUGUGGUUUUGGAUGUUUGUCUGUCACCAUGCACUCUUGGACUACCUUAGAUGUGUGCAGUAAAGGCCUCUUUGACAAUGUGAAUUCAAAUAAUCCUCAUAUCUCUUGUUUUUAUUGAGAGGACAUGUUUUUUUUUACAUUGUGAAUGUUAAUGCAUGUGUCAAAAUGAUGGCAGGACUCAAGGUUCUGCAAGGUUUUGGCAAACGAUGACCUCGUCGUCUUUUGAUUUUAAAGUGAACGUGCACUUUAAAACGAAUCGGCCCUUUUUAUUGUAAAAAAAAAUAAAAUGUACAGUUUGUUUAUGUGUGAAUGGAAGGCAGAAAGUGUCAGAGUAUAUUCAGCUGCCGCCCGCUCUGUUAGCACAGCUGUGGUGCCAGCAGACAGCGAACACACCAGUCCUGCUGUGACAUGUUCUUUAAAACAAUUAAAGAUGUAGUCGCUCAUGUUUCUCUCCUGUUGCCUCUCGCUCCAGCCAUCUGUUCCGAUACAUUAUUUAUCAGCUUCUCUUAAAGCCAGGAGUGGAGAGCAAUUGUUACUCGUAUUAUUUACUUAUAGAAACGCUCACCCUUCCUCGCAGCCUGUCACUGAACGGUUUUAUUAAAUCCCGUUAUAGCGCAUAUUUCAUCUCAAAUUUACACCUCGACCUCAGGGCUGUUCAAACAUCGAAACAAAAAGAUCUAUUUGUUGAUUCGUUAUGUGUCUGCACUAGAAUGACUCUUGAACGGAGGGUCAGCUGAUCAGAUUGAUAAUACUUAACCUCAGCACACGCUGCCAGUAGUUUGGCUGAUUCAAUUUGCAUCCUUGAGGAUUUUCAGGAAAUCACUUUUGAUAGUCAAUAACACAAUUAAGUAAACUACGCACGCAUUACCAUGAAUAAUAGAUGAGAAAUUAUGUAUUACCAUGAAGUACUGGUUCAAUAAUUGAUGAGGCGACACCCCGGUGACAUGGAGAGGGAGAUAAUGUCAGAAGUCGUGCCAGGUUGUACACAAAACACUUUAUGUUUAUUUAUUUUGUUCUUAUUUUACACCAGUUGUGUGUGCAUGUUGUAAAUAUCUCUCGACUGUACCAAUAAAGUAAGCCGAAACCUCAAGA